AUGAUCGAGGUCGCUGUUACAAGACUUCCAGAUAAUGCCACAUUUGAAGAUGCCUCACUUCUUGAGACGUUGUCCGUAGUGUUCCACGCCUGCAGGCGAGGGAACGUACAAAUGGGCCAGCGCAUACUGGUUUUAGGGGAAGGAACAAUAGGAAUUUUGUGCAUGAUGACGGUAAAAGCAAUGGGUGCCGCACAGGUUGCCAACACAGAUUUGGAUUCAGCUCAACUAGUUGCGAAGAAACUUGGUGCAGAUCACACUACUUGCGUCAAAAAUUUGCUGGUGAACAAAGUUCGCGAAACAGUAAUAGAUUGCCUGACAGAGCCUGAUGUAACAAUAGAAUGCACUAGGGAGCAGUCAUGCGUAGAAGCUGCAAUUUUUUGUAUCGACCAUGAUAAGACUUAUCGUAAAAACAUUGUACCAACAUUUCAGACCACUGUCUCGGGAGAGGUUGUCGUUUUGGUUGGACUUGGUAAACAAAAAGUUAGAGUAUCUCUUACAGAGGCCUGCAUUAGAGAGGUGGACAUUAGAGGUGUUUUCAGAUAUGCAAACUGGUAUGUAGUGACCAUUACCAGUAGAAAUUACUGCAUUAAUUUUCGAUUUUGUUACUCAAACGCACUGAAUCUUAUCGCAUCGGAAAAACUUUAUUUGUCUACACUUACACAAGCUCACUAUGAGUAGAA